AUGGUAAGAUUAGGAAUCGAGGAGGAAAAACCAUUAGCGGUGCAACAAUGGCAAGGGCUCAUAGCUAUCAAUUAUCCAGCGAGGGCAUUCGGUCUCAAUCGCCAUAUAAAUAUCACGGAAGCCAAAAAGCUCUGUCCGGAUCUCAUAUGUCAACAUGUUGCGACCUGGCGCGAAGGUGACGAGAAAUGGGCCUACCAUGACGAUGCGUUUAAGAACAUUGCUAUACAUAAGGUUUCUUUGGAUCCUUACAGACUCGAGUCAAGACGGAUACUAGCGUGUAUAAAAGAUUGUGUUCCCAACGAUCUGCAGAGGGUGGAGAAAGCUAGUGUAGAUGAGGUUUUCAUGGAUCUCUCCUCCCAAGUUCAUGCGAUCCUUUUGGAGAGAUAUCCAGAGCUGCAAGGCCCCGCUCCUUAUGACGAUUUGACAGAACAACUGCCUUUACCUCCCACGACUGUUCUUGACUGGAAGGCGGAUGCACUGGUAGAUCUAGAUACAGAUGAGACAGAAACUGAUGAUCCUGAUUGGGAUGAUAUAGCAAUGCUUAUUGGUUCUGAAAUCGUACGUACAGUCCGGGCCGCAAUACGUGAGAAACUCAAAUAUACUUGUUCUGCCGGCAUUGCUCAAAACAAAAUGCUUUCCAAACUGGGUUCCGGACAUAAGAAGCCAAAUCAACAGACAGUCAUUCGAAAUCGGGCUGUUCAGCAAUUUCUGUCAGGCUUCAAAUUCACAAAGAUUAGAAAUCUUGGAGGUAAGACAGGCGAGGAAGUCGUCAAACUAUUUAAUACAGAUAUGGUCAACGAUCUUUUGCUUGUUCCCAUGGAGCAUCUGAAGCAGAAAUUAGGAGAAGAAACCGGGACAUGGGUCCACAAUGUUAUUCGAGGAAAUGACACCAGUGAUGUCAACUCACGAACUCAAAUAAAGUCAAUGUUGUCUGCAAAAUCAUUCCGACCUAGCAUCAACACCCCCGAGCAGGCUAACAGAUGGCUCCGCAUUUUCGUGGCGGACAUACAUUCCCGUUUAGUAGAAGAGGGAGUUCUAGAGAACAAGAGACGACCCAAGACAAUCAAUUUGCAUCACAGACAUGGUGCCCAAACCAAAUCCCGACAAGCACCCAUACCGCAAGGAAAGAAGAUGAAUGAGACGCUCCUUUUCGAACUAGCCAAGACCCUUCUAAACCAAAUCAUGCUUGAUGGGAGAGUAUGGCCAUGUUCAAAUUUGAGUCUAAGUGUUGGGGGUUUUGAGGAUGGCGUGAGCGGUAAUAUGGGUAUUGGGGCGUUUUUAGUCAAAGGAGACGAAGCCAAAACUAUGAAGAAGGCAGUUUUGCGAGACGCGACCGCCAUUUUAUCUGCGGAGAGAUCCGAAAAGAGACGACGUGCAGGCGAUGCAGGAAUCCAAAAAUUCUUCGUCAAGCCAGAUAGUAUUGAGGAGUACGACGAUGAUUUUGGCGGUGAGCAGAGUUUACCCGGAUCACGCAUGAUAUGUGAGGAAAAGGGGUCUUCAUCCCCCACCGUAGAUUCCAAGGCUGCAUUUUCAACCCAGGGGGAUGAGGCGAGCAGAAAUUCAGAAGUAUCAAUCGGCCUCUCGGCCUUAAAACAACCACAGAUCACAGAAUUUUUAUGCAGCCGCUGCAAUCAGGCUCUGGAUUGCGCGGAGGCAUUUCAGAGCCAUCAAGAUUGGCAUUUUGCCAAAGAUCUCCAGGACGAGGAUCGUUUGAGGCGUACAUCACCAGCUCCUGCCACUUCCUCCGGCAACAAAAGGGGUGUCGCAUCAAAGAAACGAGGCAAUGGUCGUGGAGGCCGACCGGAGAAAGGCCAAAGUAAAUUGACAUUUGGAUGA